AUGUUGUCAGAUGACGAUGAGUUCAUCAUGCUCUUUCUCUCAUGUGGCUGCAGGUUUGAGAAGGGCCGUAUCUACACCUACAUCGGUGAGGUGGUGGUGUCGGUUAACCCUUACCGUGCCAUGAACAUCUACGGUCGAGACACCAUCGAGCAGUACAAGGGCCGGGAGCUGUACGAGCGACCGCCACAUCUCUUCGCCAUCGCAGACGCAGCCUACAAAGCCAUGAAGAGGAGGAACAAGGACACCUGUAUUGUCAUCUCAGGGGAGAGUGGAGCCGGAAAGACCGAAGCCAGCAAAUACAUCAUGCAAUACAUCGCUGCUAUCACAAACCCCGGCCAAAGAGCUGAGGUCGAAAGGGUGAAAAACAUGCUGCUGAAAUCCAACUGCGUCCUAGAGGCCUUCGGCAACGCCAAGACCAACCGCAACGACAACUCCAGCCGCUUCGGCAAGUACAUGGACAUCAACUUUGACUUCAAGGGAGAUCCAAUCGGGGGCCACAUCAACAACUAUCUGCUGGAGAAGUCCAGAGUCAUCUUCCAGCAGGAGGGGGAGAGAAGCUUCCACUCAUUCUACCAGAUGGUUAAAGGGGGUCCUGAGUCCCUCUUGCGUUCCCUCCACGUCUCGAAGGACCCCACAGCGUACAACUACAUCAAAGUAGGAGGCCAGGUCAAGUCAUCCAUUAACGAUGGUGCUGAUUUCAAAGCUGUGGCAGACGCCAUGAAGGUGAUCGGCUUCACAGCAGAUGAGAUCCAGACUGUUUACAAGGUCCUGGCCACUAUCCUGCACCUGGGGAACCUGACAUUUGGUGUGGAUGGUGACACAACGCUGAUUGAGAACUCCAAGGUGGUGGCGGUGAUCGGGAACCUGCUGGCCACUAAGGAAGAUAAUGUGGAAAAGGCCCUUCUCUACCGCACCGUCGCCACCGGCCGUGACAUCAUCGACAAGCAGCACACGGCCCAAGAGGCCAGUUACGGCCGGGAUGCCUUGGCUAAGGCUAUGUAUGAAAGAAUGUUUUGUUGGAUCGUGGGAAGGAUCAAUGAUGUCAUCGAAGUGAAGAACUAUGACGCCAAAGUCCACGGGAAGAACACAGUCAUCGGAGUGCUGGACAUCUACGGCUUUGAGAUCUUUCAGAACAACAGCUUUGAGCAGUUCUGUAUCAACUAUUGUAAUGAGAAGCUGCAGCAGCUCUUCAUUCAGCUGGUGCUGAGGCAGGAACAGGAAGAGUACCAGCGCGAGGGAAUCCCCUGGAAACACAUUGACUACUUCAACAACCAGAUCAUUGUGGACCUGGUGGAGCUGCAACACAAGGGUAUCUUCUCUGUGCUGGACGAGGCCUGUAUGAACGUGGGCAAAGUCACCGACGAGGUCUUCUUACAGGGACUCAACAGCAAGCUGGCCAAGCACGCCCACUACACUAGCCGCAAGCUCUCCCCGACAGACAAGAGUUUGGAGUUUGACAGAGAUUUCCGUAUCCGACACUAUGCAGGGGAUGUCUUGUACUCUGUGGUUGGCUUCAUCGACAAGAACAAGGACACUCUCUUCCAGGACUUCAAAAGGCUACUGUACAACAGCUCCAACCCAGUGCUGAAGAUGAUGUGGCCGGAGGGCAAGCUGAGUAUCACUGAGGUCACCAAACGACCCCUAACGGCCGCCACCCUCUUUAAGAAUUCCAUGAUCGCAUUGGUGGAGAACCUGGCAUGCAAGGAGCCUUACUAUGUGCGCUGCAUCAAGCCCAACGACGUCAAGUCACCCCUGCUGUUCGAGCACGAGCGUUGUCGCCACCAGGUUGAGUACCUGGGCUUACUGGAGAAUGUUCGUGUGCGUCGCGCCGGAUUCGCCAACCGCCAGGACUACCCCCGCUUCCUCCAGAGGUACAAGAUGAUCUCGGAGUUCACGUGGCCCAAUCACGACCUCCCGUCGGACAAAGAGGCAGUGAAGAGGCUGCUGCAGGGCUGUGGCUUCGAGCACGACGUGGCCUACGGCAAGACCAAGGUGUUCGUCCGCACGCCGCGGACCCUCUUCUGCCUGGAGGAGCAGAGGGACGAAAUGGUUGGGAGAAUUGUCCUCUUCCUUCAGAAGGUAUGGCGCGGUACCAUAGCCAGGAUGCGUUACCGGCGCAUGCGAGCCGCCCUCGUCAUCCUGCGGGCCUACCAGCACUACAAGGUCAAGUCCUACAUCAAGGACGUCAACCGCAAAUUCAAGAACGUGCGCUCCAUGAAGGACCAUGGCAAGCACGUCAAGUGGCCCACGCCGCCCAAAGUCCUGCGGAAGUUUGAAGAGGCGCUGCGGAGCAUCUACAACAGGUGGUGGGCGUGGACUCUGAUCAAAGACCUGACUCCAGAGGAGAAGCUGCAGAUCAGGGCCAAGGUUGCCACCCUGGAGGCCCUCAAGGGCCAGAGACCUGACCUGGGGCUGCAAAGAACCUGGGAGGGCAACUACCUGAAGCGAGACAGUCCUGACAUAGCGUCCUCCUUCACCUUGGUGUCCAGUGAGUUGCAGCGUAAGGACAAGUUCAUGAGGGUGCUCUUCUCCUGCAACGUGCGCAAGAUCAACCGUUUCCACAAGGCAGAGGACCGGGCCAUCCUCAUCACAGACCGCCACCUGUACAAGAUGGACCCCCUGAAGGAGUACAAGCCCAUGAAGAGCAUCCCCCUCUACAAUGUGACGGGGGUGAGUGUGUCCCCUAGUAAGGAUCAGCUGGUGGUGUUCCACACGAAGGACAGCAGGGACCUGGUGGUGUGUCUACAGGGCAUGGUGCCUGCUGGGGACAGCCGCAUCGGAGAGCUGGUGGGCACCCUUCUCAGCCACUUCAAAAGUGAGAAGAGGAAGCUGCAGGUGAAUAUCUCCAGUCCUAUCCAGUGCAGUAUGAAUGGCAGGAAGUGCACUGUCAUUGUGGAGCCCAAGAUCAACCAAUCGCAGCCAGACUUCACCAAGAGCCGCUCCGGUUAUAUCCUGGCAGUGCCUGGAAACUAAAAGGGCCACUCGGGGGCCACUCGGUCUGUGACAAGGACAAGUGACGAUGAGGUGUCAAAUGAGGACUAUGUGAAGCAUAACUCUGUUUGUAUAGAGCUCAUUUGUGAACUAGAUGGUAUGAUAUGAUACAUGGGAGGAUUGAACUCUCAGAAUGAAAGCCAUGCCAAAUUUGUAACUUUGAAUAGAUAUUUAUUUUACGUAACUCAAUGUUUUUCAAUAGGACAUCAAAUAUGAUUAAUACAUGCAAAUGGUUUUAGUUAAUUAGACAGACUCCCACACAUGCACAAUAUUAAUUCACCAAAGAGUUUAUCUUUUUCUCUCACUUUUCGAUAUCAAGUUGAGUUAGCAUGUACGACUGAGCUGUUUUGUUGGGGCGUCGAUCAUUUUAUGUUACACUAGCUUUAGUAUAUUAUGAUUAGUAUCACAUUAUCCGGCAUUUCAUUUGAGUAGAAUAUCUUGUUAAGAAAUGUACAUUCUCACGGCUACAGUGCCUUCAGAAAGUAUUCAUACCAUUUGACAUAUUCCACAUUUUGUUGUGUUACAGCCUGAAUUC